GAGACGGCAGGGGCUGAAGCUUGCGAAUCUGCAGUUGUCCGUCACCUCCCGGACCGACUCGCAAGAUCUGUCAUGCAGUGCUACUUGCAGUGCAUAAUGGCCUUGCGGAUGGAGCCAGAGGAGGAUGAGGGGCCCACGUCUCUCCAAGCCAAGCCGGAGCUAACUGCCUGUGAGCACCCGGAGCUUUCCAUCCCAUGCAGAUCUCUGAGGUUGACUUGCAGCAAGCCCGUGUCGGAGAUCCCGAACAGGUGCACUGGCGCUGUGAGACUGGUCCGAAGGCCCCAGAUGAUUUGGGGCAUU